AUGGCUAAAGCUGAUAAGAAGAAGUACUCUGGUGCGACGACAAAUAAGCAAGUUGCGGCUGAGAAGCACUUGACAUCUGUUUUCAAGUUCAAUACUGAUCUUGGUCAGCAUAUCUUGAAAAAUCCACUGGUUGCACAAGGUAUUGUUGAUAAGGCUCAGAUCAAACCUUCUGAUAUAGUUUUAGAAGUUGGUCCUGGUACAGGUAACUUGACUGUUCGUAUUC